CGCCAGACCGGAAGUGGCCGGCGCCGCCGGAGUACUGGGGAGAAAGGGUUCUCUGCCGCCCCAACACCGGCCGGGGCUCGCGGCGGGCGAGACGCCGGCCGUUCUGUCCCGCCGUACUCCAGGGCCCGUUUCCAUCGCGACAACACGGCCCCCUCCCGCAGCCCCGAGCCCGGUGCGGCUGCCCGGGCGGCGCCUCCCGCCUCCCCGAAGCCCUCGUCGGGACCACCGGCCGGGGACCGGCCCCCUUCCCGGGCCCUCCUGGUUGCCUCGGGCCCCGCCUGGUCGCGGUCUUAGCCCCCGAGACCCUGGUCCAGCGCGGCUGCCUGGGACUCGGGACCUGCCGGAUCCAAGACGCUCGUCCCCGGGCCACCCCCAGCGGGGCUCUGCGUCGUCCCUGACAUGUCGCCCACCGUCUCUCACAAGGACAGCAGCCGGCAGCGGCGGCUGGGGACUCUGAACCACUGUCCGGAGGUGAAGAGCGGCCCCCUGCCGCCGGGCGGCUGGGACGACUGCCAGCUGGACGCCAUGGGCGGAGAAGGGGACCGAGAAGCACUUUUGAGGGACGCUGGCCCCGGGGACUCGCCGAAGGGCCCUCGGAGUUACCGCGCCGAGCUGGGCAGCAUCUUGCUGCUGCUGCUGCUCUACGUGCUGCAGGGCAUCCCCCUGGGCCUGGCAGGGAGCGUCCCCCUCAUCCUGCAGAGCAAGAACGUCAGCUACACGGACCAAGCCUUCUUCAGCUUCGUCUUCUGGCCCUUCAGUCUCAAGCUGCUCUGGGCGCCCUUGGUGGACGCCGUCUACUUGAAGAGCUUCGGCCGUCGCAAAUCGUGGUUGGUCCCGACCCAGUACGUACUAGGACUCUUCAUGAUCUACCUGUCCACGCAGGUGGACCGUUUGCUGGGGAACACCGACGGCCGGCCCCCCGACGUUGUGGCGCUCACGGUGACAUUCUUUCUGUUUGAGUUCCUGGCCGCCACACAGGACAUCGCUGUUGACGGCUGGGCGUUAACGAUGCUAUCCCGGGAGAACGUGGGGUACGCUUCCACUUGUAAUUCGGUGGGCCAGACCGCAGGCUACUUUCUGGGCAAUGUUUUGUUUCUGGCUUUGGAAUCCGCGGACUUUUGUAACAAAUAUUUACGGUUUCAGCCUCAGCCCCGGGGAAUCGUUACUCUUGCAGAUUUUCUUUUUUUCUGGGGAACUGUAUUUUUAAUCACAACGACAUUAGUUGCCCUUUUGAAAAAAGAAAACCGAGAAGUACCGGUAGUGAAAGAAGAGACACAAGGCAUCACAGACACCUAUAAGCUGCUUUUUGCAAUCAUAAGGAUGCCAGCAGUCCUGGCAUUUUGCCUUCUGAUUCUAACCUCAAAGAUUGGCUUUUCAGCCGCAGAUGCAGUGACAGGACUGAAGCUGGUGGAAGAAGGUGUGCCCAAGGAGCACCUCGCCCUGUUGGCUGUGCCCAUGGUUCCUCUGCAGAUAGUGCUGCCUCUGAUCAUCAGCAGGUACACUGCCGGCCCCCAGCCGCUGAACGUGUUCUACAAAGCCAUGCCCUACAGGUUAUUACUCGGGCUGGAGUAUGCCCUGCUGGUCUGGUGGACUCCCAGAGUAGAGCACCAGGGUGGGUUCCCGGUCUAUUACUACGCUGUGGUGCUACUGAGCUAUGCCCUACACCAGGUUACAUUGUACAGCAUGUAUGUUUCCAUAAUGGCUUUCAAUGCCAAGGUUAGCGAUCCACUGAUUGGAGGAACCUACAUGACCCUUCUGAAUACCGUGUCCAAUCUAGGCGGGAACUGGCCUUCCACGGUGGCUCUGUGGCUGGUGGAUCCCCUCACGGUGAAAGAGUGUGUGGGAGCAUCCAGCCAGAACUGCCGGACACCUGAUGCUGUCGAGCUUUGCAGAAAACUCGGUGGCUCGUGUGUUACAGCACUGGAUGGUUAUUAUGUGGAAUCCAUUAUCUGUGUUUUUAUUGGAUUUGGUUGGUGGUACUUUCUUGGUCCAAAAUUUAAAAAGUUACAGGAUGAGGAGCCAUCUUCCUGGAAGUGCAAAAGGAACAAUUAAUGCGCCACAACAAGCAGACAUGCCAGAAGGUAACUAGGCUUAGUUUUGUUCAGAGAGCUGUGAUAAUCAGUGCAUAAGACUAUAAAAUAUUAUUUUAAACAAGGAAAUUAUAUAAAAUGCCAAAUGGUUGAAAAGUAGAGAUGUCUUUAUGUUUUAUCAUACUUUUUCCUUGCCUUGUUAAUGUAUUUAAAAUUUCCUGAAGGCCAGGAAAUGGGCUCUGUCAUGACUUUCUUGUACUGAGGCAUACUCUCAGUGGCAGCCCAGCGCUGACCUGCAGCCAAGUGUUGGUGUUGGUUCCUGUUGUUGAGCUGUAUUUUAAAUUUGGGUACAGUAUACUAAAUGCAAGGCAGCUCGCUCGAUACUCGGAACUGACUAUAACUGGUUGAGCCUCGCUGGAAGUUAAUAUCCUAUUUGAAUUGUUAGCCAGUUAGAUUUAUGUGAAAUUUGAUAGGAAGAGAAUGUAGACCCCAGAAGCAUAACUUAGGUGUUUUUUUUGUGACCAUGACCAUAUUGUACAAAGGUGUUUAAAAAAAAAGGAAGAAAAUGCUAUUUUAAGUGUACUUUCUGCUUUUGUAAUCAUUAAA